GGUCAGCCCGGCUCCUUAUCAGGCGCGGCCAGUCGGCCAGGGCCUUAUCUGUGCCGGCCCGGCAUCCUCCGGCGCGGCCCGGGGGUGAGAGGGAGGAAACUGGGCCGCCGGGGGCGGGGAGAGGGCGGGCCGGCCAGGAGCAGCUCACUUUCCCUCGAGGGAUCCACGCCGCCGUCGCCGGGGCCCUAGCGAGCCCGGGAAGAGGCGCGGCCCGACGUCGCUGCCGGGAGGGGGCGGCAAGCUCCCAGCGGCCCAGAGCGCAGAGGCCGGACCGGAUCAGGGCCACGGAGCCUGGCCUGCAGCCGAACCUGCAUCCUGGCCCUGCAGGACAGAGCCGGGGCUCUCACCAGGCAGCAGGACCAGCGCCGGGGUGAGCACCCCUUCGGGGUCCAUGUGCCCUCCCCAGGCCCAGACAGAGGUGGGCCCCACCAUGACUGAGAAGGCGGAAAUGGUGUGUGCCCCCAGCCCAGCGCCCGCUCCGCCCCCCAAGCCUGCCUCACCUGGGCCCCCAAAGGUGAAGGAGGUUGGCCACCGAGGCUCCUCACCCCCCAGGCUGCCCCCUGGCGUGCCAGUGAUCAGCCUGGGCCACACCAGGCCCCCCGGGGCAACCAUGGCCACCACGGAGCUGAGCACCCUGCGGCCCCCGCUGCUGCAACUCUCUACCCUGGGAACUGUCCCGCCCCCCCUGGCCCUGCAUUACCACCCUCACCCCUUUCUCAACAGCCUCUACAUUGGGCCGGCAGGACCUUUUGGCAUCUUCCCCAGCAGCCGGCUGAAGCGGAGACCUAGCCACUGUGAGCUGGAGCUGGCCGAGGGGCACCAGCCCCAGAAGGUGGCCCGGCGUGUGUUCACCAACAGCCGGGAGCGCUGGCGGCAGCAGAACGUGAACGGCGCCUUCGCAGAGCUCAGGAAGCUGCUGCCAACGCACCCGCCCGACCGGAAGCUGAGCAAGAACGAGGUGCUCCGCCUGGCCAUGAAAUACAUCGGCUUCCUGGUGCGGCUGCUGCGCGACCAGGCGGCCGCUCUGGCCGCAGGCCCCGCCCCGCCCGGGCCCCGCAGACGGCCAGGGCCAGCGCACCGAGGCCCGAACGACAGCGCCCGCCGCGGGCCGUGUCGCAGGGCCGAAUCAGUGAUGCGCUCGCAGCCCGCGCCCCCGGCCGGCCCCGACGGCAGCCCCGAUGGGGCGGCCCGGCCCAUCAAGACGGAACGAGCGGCCGUGAGCCCUGAGGUGCGGUGACCUCCGCGGGCGUGGCCUCGGAGCCGAGGGGCACCGGGAACUCAGCCCGGGGCGGUCGAGAGAGGGGCGGCCGAUGCUCUGCGCCUGCUCUGGAGCGAACUCCCCGGAAGAGGGACCAGUGAGGACGUUCCCAACGGGGGAAUAGGGCCCGGGGAUCUGGAGGGGCGACUGUCGCCCGCGGGGGGCCCUGUAGGCCUUUUUAUCACCCACCGCCCGCUGGAAAUGACCUUUCCCGCGUCUUCCUCCGGGGGACGAGGUCCGGGAACCAACAUG